AUGAAGGUACUGUUGCAGUCUAUCUCUGCCAAACUAAAGCAGCUAGAAUCACUUGCAACACCAGAUGCAGUAAACUAUGUUGAAGCAUGUCUCAAAGCGCAAAACAAACAAUUGUUGUGUAGAAUAAAGUCGCUAAAGGAGUCAGUUAUUCAGCAAGAGCUACUUCUUGGAUUAAAUCAGCAACAGCUUCAAAAUUCACCCUCUGUGAAAGAAGUAUCCAAUGUUCCAAACUUGAAUGUAAGUUCACUGGAAAUCGGACCAGAAAAAGGAUCAAUACCUGAAGAGAAACCCGACCAGCGGAUAGAAACACAGACCAAUCAAGUGAAAGCGAAAAAUUCUAAGGUAGAACGUAAAAUACCAGAUGUAAAACCACAACUUGUUGAAAAGCCUGUUGAUAUCGGUCGUCUGGAUCUGCGUGUUGGUAAAAUCAUUGAUGUCAGUCGACAUCCUGAUGCUGAUACACUGUACGUAGAAAAAGUUGACUUGGGUGGAAAUGAAAUAUGCACUGUUGUCAGCGGUCUGGUCAAAUACCUCCCCAUCGAGUCUCUACAAAACCGAGUUGGGAUAUUUCUGUGCAACCUUAAGCCAGCGAAAAUGCGUGGUGUUGAAUCGGAAGCAAUGCUAAUGUGUGCAAGUGCUCCAGAUACAUGUGGAGUAGAGCCUUUAAUUGUUGAAGGCCCAGAUAUCCAGUUAGGUGAUUCAGUUGUGGUCCCUGGUAUUAGACACGAUCCUGAUGACCAACUUAAUCCCAAAAAGAAAAUUUUUGAACAAGUAAAGCCGGAUCUUAGAGUAAAUGAAGACGGAAUUGCAAUGUACAAAAAUGUUUCAUGGACACUGAAGAAAUCUUCUGUUGCUGUGAUUAAAUCGCUCACAGUUAAAAAUGCUCAAAUAGCUUAA